AUGACUCCCCUUCGCUCCAACCGAGAUGUAAUUAACUCCGCAAUGGCAGCGUUUCAACAAUUUCUGAAUCAGCAGGUCUUCUCCCCACAGUUUGUCAUCCCCAUGGAAGCCAUGAAAAUCAUAGUGAGAGACUGGAUAGAGUUCUACAUUUCCUACUUCGCUCCGCAGCUGAGAGGCGACCGGCAAGAGCGAGAGCGGGCCCAGGAGGAACUGUGGGAAACGCUGCAGGCCUUGGCUCGCUCCUUCCUGGCUAAGUACGGCGACUUCCUCAAUGCACAAUAAACACCGGCCGCAAGAAACUUCUAGACACGGAGACACCAAGACCCCAAUCUGAAUUCUGCUGAACUGGGAUAGAUGGUUUUUUAUUCAUUCAUUCAA